AUGGCUACUACAGCGAGCCGUUACUAUAACGAAGACGGCAGGGCUACGAAAAGGCAGAAGACCGACGGAAUGGCCACGGGAUAUGAAGACCCACACAAGACCCUUCCAUCUGUGGUGGUGCACGUUCGUGGGCUGGUCGAUGGCGUGACAGAGGCUGAUCUGGUGGAGGCAUUGCAAGAAUUUGGAGCUAUCAGCUAUGUUGUGGUGAUGCCUAAGAAGCGCCAAGCCCUCGUGGAGUACGAAGACAUGAAUGGUUCCUCCACUGCCGUAACCUAUGCUGCAGACAACCAAGUGUACAUCGCAGGCCACCCAGCCUUUAUUAACUACUCCACUAGCCAGAAGAUCUCAAGGCCAGGAGACUCCGAUGACUCAAGAAGUGUUAACAAUGUUCUUCUUCUCACCAUCAUGAACCCCAUUUACCCCAUCACCACGGAUGUUCUUUACACCAUCUGCAACAACUGUGGCCCAGUCCAGAGAAUCGUCAUCUUCAGGAAGAAUGGCGUCCAGGCCAUGGUUGAAUUUGACUCUGUGCAAAGCGCUCAGCGAGCCAAGGCGUCCCUCAACGGAGCAGACAUCUACUCUGGGUGCUGCACACUCAAGAUUGAGUAUGCCAAGCCCACGCGCCUCAAUGUGUUCAAGAACGACCAGGACACCUGGGAUUACACAAACCCCAACCUGGGAGGCCCAGAUGGUGAUGCAGAUGGCAAUGGGAGCAAUGCAGAAGAUGUGAACGCCAACCCCAACAAGCGCCAGAGGCAGCCCGCCCUGCUGGGCGACCACCCGGCUGAGUAUGGAGGUGGUUACCAUGGUUACGAUGAAAGCUACGGCUCCCCACCCUAUGAAGGUCGACGCAUCGGUCCACCAAUGAGAGGGCGUGGAGGCAGAAGCUACGGGCCUGGGUACGGACCUCCUCCCCCUCCUCCUGGUGAGUACGGUGCCCACGCCGACUCUCCCGUCGUCAUGGUGUACGGACUGGAACCUGUGAAGAUGAAUGCGGACCGCGUCUUCAACAUCUUCUGUCUCUAUGGAAACGUGGAGCGGGUGAAGUUCAUGAAGAGUAAACCCGGAGCAGCGAUGGUGGAGAUGGGAGACUGCUACGCUGUGGACCGAGCCAUCACUCACCUCAACAACAACUUCCUGUUUGGCCAGAAGCUCAACGUUUGUGUGUCCAAGCAGCAGGCCAUUGUCCCCGGUCAGUGCUACGAACUGGACGACGGCACGAGCAGCUUCAAGGACUUCCACGGCUCCAGGAACAACCGCUUCACCUCCCCGGAACAGGCCGCCAAGAACCGGAUCCAGCACCCAAGCAACGUGUUGCACUUCUUCAACGCCCAGCCAGAUGUCACGACAGAGGUCUUCACCCAGAUCUGUGAGGAGAUCGGUGUCAAAGCCCCAGUCAACGUCAAGAUGUUCACUGGAAAAAGUGGCGCAGCUCCCAGUGACCGCAGCGCCUCCGGCCUCCUGGAGUGGGAGUCCAUCAACGACGCCAUGGAGGCCCUGGCCAUGAUGAACCACUACCAGAUGAAAAACGCAGCCGGUCCGUACCCGUACACCCUCAAGUUGUGCUUCUCGACCGUUCAACACGCCAACUGAACGCAGCCUCGUAGCGAAGGAUGAAAAAGGUCCCAUCAUUCCCGUUUUCAUACGUAUUUAGACAUGACUGCUCGUAAACGCACCCGGGGGUAAACUGGCUUAAACCAUGUGACAUAGGAACCCUGAAGUGCAAACAUAUUUGAUAUAUUACAUUUAAAGUUUUUACACGUCUGCUCCAGAUGUCGAGUGUCAGUACUUGUGUGUUUCCAACUUUCAGUUGUCCUUUUUACGUUUUGUAUUCUGCUUGUACGUAGCCUGACGUGGUGACGUUCGGAGGGAAUGGGUUUUAUGAUCAGGUGGUUCAGCAGCAGACAACGUGCUUUUGUAUGAGUUGUGUUUUUGAGACUUUUAUUACAGCUCAUAUGUUUCCUUUUUGUUAUUUUAAUUGAUGCCUGUUCAGUUGUGCAUCUCCAGGUCUGACCUUCAGACGGAGAAUGUUUUUGUUGUAAGAAAAUAAAAAUAAAAAAAUUCAACUUAA